AGGGGAAGUGACGUCACAGCGCGAUGGCGGCGGCUCCUUUAGGCAGCUGAAGGGGGAUUUAGGCCCGGAAGAUCCGAGUCCAUCCGCGGCGGGGAGAGGGUGAGCGGGGCCGGCAGGGGCCGGAGCAGCGGCGGCGGCGCUCGGACUGUCCCAUCCGCCCCGUAUUGAGGCGCUGAGAGCGACGGGGCAACCAGAAAGCGAUGGUGAAAGCGGGGCCGUGAGGGGGGCGGAGCCGGACCGGACCCGCAGUAGCGGCAGCAGCGGCGCCGCCUCCCGGAGCGCAGACCCAGGAAGCGGCCGGGCGGGCAGUAGCGAGCCGCACCGCCGCCAUGGAGCUGAGGGUCGGGAACAGGUACCGGCUGGGCCGCAAGAUCGGCAGCGGCUCCUUCGGAGACAUCUAUCUCGGUACGGACAUUGCUGCAGGAGAAGAAGUUGCCAUCAAGCUUGAAUGUGUCAAAACCAAACAUCCUCAGCUCCACAUUGAGAGCAAGAUCUACAAAAUGAUGCAGGGAGGAGUGGGCAUCCCUACCAUCAGAUGGUGUGGGGCUGAGGGGGACUACAAUGUCAUGGUGAUGGAGCUACUAGGACCGAGCCUAGAAGACCUCUUCAACUUCUGUUCAAGGAAGUUUAGUCUCAAAACUGUCCUGUUGCUUGCUGACCAAAUGAUAAGUCGUAUUGAAUACAUUCAUUCGAAGAAUUUUAUCCACCGAGAUGUGAAGCCAGAUAACUUCCUCAUGGGGCUGGGAAAGAAAGGCAACCUGGUCUACAUCAUUGACUUUGGUCUGGCCAAGAAGUACCGGGACGCCCGCACUCACCAGCAUAUCCCCUAUCGAGAGAACAAGAACCUCACAGGGACGGCACGCUAUGCCUCCAUCAACACGCACCUUGGCAUUGAACAAUCUCGAAGGGAUGACUUGGAGUCUCUGGGGUACGUGCUGAUGUACUUCAACCUGGGCUCUCUCCCCUGGCAGGGGCUGAAGGCUGCCACCAAGAGGCAGAAGUAUGAGAGGAUCAGUGAGAAGAAGAUGUCCACUCCCAUUGAAGUGCUGUGCAAGGGCUAUCCUUCUGAAUUUGCCACAUACCUGAAUUUCUGCCGUUCCUUACGUUUUGAUGACAAACCUGACUACUCCUACCUGAGACAGCUCUUCAGAAAUUUGUUCCAUCGCCAGGGCUUCUCUUACGACUAUGUGUUCGACUGGAACAUGCUCAAAUUUGGUGCCAGCCGAGCUGCAGAUGAUGCUGAGCGGGAACGCCGGGACCGAGAGGAGCGAUUAAGACACUCCCGGAAUCCAGCCACCCGUGGCCUCCCUUCUACAGCUUCCGGCCGUCUGCGGGGAACCCAGGAAGUGGCUCCCCCAACGCCCCUUACCCCUACCUCACACACGGCCAACACCUCUCCUAGGCCCGUCUCUGGCAUGGAACGAGAACGGAAAGUGAGCAUGCGGCUGCACCGUGGGGCACCAGUCAACGUCUCCUCAUCUGAUCUCACAGGCCGACAAGAUACCUCUCGCAUGUCCACCUCACAGAAUAGCAUUCCUUUCGAACACCACGGCAAGUAGCUGCUCGUCUCCAUCGGAAGGCAGCACUGGAUUCCCGGUCGGGUGGCUUCCAGUGGUCUUCAGUCUGUCGUGCACCGAUGAGAACUCUCCUUUUUGCUGUGAAGGGCAGACAAUGCAUGGCUGAUCUACUCUGUUACCAAUGGCUUUACUAGUGACACGCCCCCCGGUCUAAACCCGAAAUGUUAACGCCGGGAGCUCUCCAGGCCACUCACCCAGCGAUGCUCAUGGGGAAUCAAAACACAAACUAAAUGGACAGGCUCCAAGAGCUGCCAUCGCCAGGGGCUGCCACCGUGGCCCCAUGUGAGCUCAGUUAUCAUGGGGCUGGAAUGAAGAGCAGAGGCUGGGAGACCAUUGCAGAGAGAACCCAACUCCCUGUGAAGAGCCUCUCAGCUCCCACCAGUGGUGGCGGACCUGCACUCCCUGACGAUCCCACCGCAGCUACCAGUCUUCUACUUGGUUAAGACAGUUUUGUAUCAUUUUGCUAAAAAUUACUGGCUUAAAUCUGUGUAAAGAAUUCUGUCUUUUUAUUGUUUCUUUCUUGUCUGUUUUUGCGGUCUUAAACAAAAAAGAUGUUGACCUUAAAGAAUCCUGAGACAUGCUGGCUUGGAGCUUCUGUGUAAAAUGGAGGCAGGCAAGAGAGGGGCACAUGUGAGUGUCAAGGAUGUGUGUUUUGUUUGUUUUGUUUUCUUGUGUUGUGCUGUUCACUUUGGAAAGGAAAUACUCAUCAGUUGUGUGUGCGUGUGUGUCUUGUGGGCUCCCAUCAGCCUAAUUUGGGCAUCUUGCUUACCCUUCCCCACUAUAAACUGAUAUGCCUGUAAUCAUCAGAGCAGGUAGUGCAACUGCCAUGGAGCGAGGGUGUGCCGGUUAUAUUCUCAGCAAGGCACUAUGGCAUGAUGUUCUUCCCAAAGGAGGCAAGAAGGAAGUCAAAACUCUGAAGAACUCACAUGCAGAGGCCUUGAGAUCCCUAUAGGCUGCUGGAGCGUUCCAAGAUUCAAAGCUGAGCUUGUGUUUCUGGUUUCUGGGGAGAGGAUUGCUGUUUUGGUAGUGUUGGUUGCCUCUAUGCCUUUGAACUUGGGAAGUUGCUGAACAGACUGAGUACUCCCAUGCAGAUGCCACUUAGGUCUGUCACCUCCUCUCUGCUCAGAGCCCAGGGAGCAGGUUGUCCUAGACGCCAUGGUUUGCCCAGAGGGACCAGUGGCCAAAGGGAAUCAACCCUGAAGUGCCAAGAAGCAGGUGACUGCCUACCACACGCUUCGUGACCUUCAACUGGACACAUCAGCGGGCUGGGCUGCUCUGCCGCUGGCGGUUAGGAUGCCAACAUGCUCUUUCCCACCAUGUGCACCGGAUAUGAAGAGACAGCAGGACCUGAGCUCCCCAUCUGAGAAAUGGGAUGCAGUACAUGUAUGGGGUCCAUCUCUUAUUUCUUCCUGUCAGCCUGUGGAGAGUUAUGCUGAGUACUAUACUGGCCACCAUGGCUUCUCCUUUCUUCCCAGAGUUCCCUGGUACUUGAGUACUGGCCUGGGGUGGGGGGUGGGUCACACUGCUGGUGUGUGAUAGCAUCCCAGAAUGUGGCUGUUAGUUGUGCCAGCCAGCCAUCUGAGCCUGUGGGUGCUUCUUUCUGAGUCCUGAGCUGGUUCCUCUGCAAGCAUUUUAGGGUGCAGGGACUUGACUAGGUGGGACUGUGUGUCUGGGAGUGCAGAGGGAGGUUGGGAGGGUUGGGCAAGGUUGAGAUUUUUGUUGCAAAUUCUUUUAUCAUCAGAGUUGGGCCUCCUCUCUUCAUUGGCUGGCCUGCCUGGCAAGUGUUCUUUGUAGAUACCUGUGGUGCCGGAGGGGUGUCAGGGUGGCCUUGAGACUGAUCCGGGUUCAGCCUGGCCCUGUUGGGGUUGCGCUGAGAUUAGUCCGUUGGAGGUCCUCCAGGGCGUGACUCUGACGGUUCUUGCCUAACAUUUAAUCCCAUCAUCACUCGCAGGAAGCGUAGUUAGAAUGUGUGUAUCAACCUGUGUCUUGGUGACCAGUCUCUGAGCUGUGCGUUUGUACUACCACUGUAUUUGUGUACUUUAACAAUUGUGUAAAUAAUAAAUUCAUAAUGACUUCUACCUUU